UGGAUCCACUGGGAUAGCUUUGAAACAAUCCCAAUGGCCUCCGCCGUUUGCGAUCCACCGUGUGCCAUGCCGCACGUCAGCACAUCAGUGGAGCAGCUGGAGCUGGUUGUAGCAUCCCCAUGGACGUACGCGCCAGGUGCGGAGCAGAUUGCGAAUUCGGAUUUGGACAUACUGAGACAAACUAACAUUAUGCUUCUAGUUCUCCCAUCUGGCUGGUGAGUCAAAAUCAAAGACCUUUUACUUCUAUGACCACGGCGUCGUCUCCCUGUUGCCGCGUUGCCGAAGGCGAAAAACUCUAUUCUCCCAUUGCUGGCCCUCCCGGUGGUUUCAGAUGCCAGCUGAGGGUGUAUCCGGCCGGAACAGGCGAGGUUCGAAACGCGAUCUCUGCUUUUGUGCGGGUACUACCCCCCGAGAAGAAUAUGCAAGGAUGGGAGUGCAAGAAUGUGCGGUGCAGCAUUCGGGUGAUGAGCAGCAUCGUGGGGAAGGAGAUUCUGAAGAUACGUACGCACACUUUCACUCCGCGGGACGGCCGCCCCGGCCGUCCCGCGGAAUAUGGCUUCCACAAGCUAGUGAGGCUUCAGGAACUGACGCGCGGGUCGGGACUGUUGGAUGGAGACUCCAAGGUCCGCGUGCGUGCUUCGGUCAGCAACCUUCCUUUUGCGAAGCCUCGCAAUGCCCUACAAAUCGACUUGUCCGCCGAGCUUCAGCCGGUCCGGAUCUUGGUGCCAGACGGGCCACCCCUCAUCUUUGACCAACGUAUCUUGGUGGCACGCUCCGAGUACUUUCAAAAGAUGUUCGCUGCGGAAUGCAAGGAAGCGUCAACUGGCGUAGUUGACCUGCGCCAGGAUGCGAACGCAAGCCACCAGUGCGUGUCCGCAAUGCUAAGCUUUCUCCUGACAAAGUGCCUCGACCCGGAUGUGGAUCUGGAGCUGGCUUUAGCGCUGCACGCCAUAGCGGACAAAUUCUGCUUGCGAGAUUUGAGGGAGGCAGCACGGUGCACGCUCAAGGACAUGCUCUCGGAAGAGAACGUGCUGCACAUUUUGCACCAGGUCCUAGAUAUUGGUGGCCAUCUGGAGAAGUUGUGCUGGCAGAUGCUGCAAGCAGAUGGCGGGCUGUUGGUCCGACAGGAGGAUCAACUGGACGCGGUGAUCCAACAGACCCCAGCUCUGGCCAAGAAGCUGAUCCUGCUUGGCAAGCGCAAGAUGCAGAAGACCAGCUGAGCGCACGUGCCACACCGGUUGGCAUCGAUUGGGUUCCGCUAGCUGUGUUGAUCUUGAUGGCUCCCAGCCAUCCCCUUAGCUUUUAGCCUUUUGGUGGUUAGUGGUACUUUCCAUUUAACCCACAGUUAAACUUUUAGCGAGGGAUCUGAGGCAGCCCAGUGAUCCCAUCCAUUUCGGCAACAAUGUGCAGCUUCUGAUUUUCGGCUUUCACUCUCAGCUCGAUACAGCCAUGGGACCACGCGUGGGUCGCAA